GCGAACAAGUUGCGUGUGCGGGUCUCCCUUCUUGUCCAACAUGGACUUAUUUACUUCUUCUUCUUGCCUUAAAGUUCUCUUCUAACGUCCAUCAGGGAGGGGAAAGUAAGACUUUGUUCACUCGCGUUUCUCCCCCGAGGAGGGUCUUCAGUGGAGUGGGGGGACUUAUUACUUCCACUUCGUGCCAAAAACGGGAGAAAGCAAAAGUGGAAGGAACAAAACAAAACAAAACAAAAAAACGUUUUCGGGGUCUGGAAUCUGCAACUUUGGACAACUUUGGACUACUUUGGACAACUUUGGAGGAUUGCAAGUGUUCCAAGGACUUUGGCAACUUUGAUGCAGGCUGAGGUCGUCGGCGUGAGGCGAGCGGCGGGCCUGUGAGCCCCGAUGCCAGUGGACAUGCAGCCACACCAGGGCCUGUAUCAGUAUGAGACCUCACCCAGCCAGCCCUCCAGAGGCCUCCUGCCUCCAGACCAGUCCCCCUACAGCGACGUGCCCUCUUUGCAUGCACCGCUCCUCAGCUGCCCUCCCCAGGACUGCAGAGCCAUGUACAACCCAAUGACUCCCGGCAUGGGUCACGGAUCAGGACCGGGGCAGAGCAUAAGUCAGUGUUUGGAUCAAUAUAUGAGGCCCCCCCAAGCUUCGCUCCCGCUCGGCAUGAUGGGCCACAGAAACAUAGAAGGCAAUGGCGCCCCUUACUGCAACCAAAACAACAUGAUGUCCUCUCAUCACAACUUCAACUCAGAUCACAUGAGCUCAGGGGACGGCUCCAGGUUUUCCACGCCGCGCUCCAUGCUGAAGCUGAGUAAGAAGCGAGCGCUGUCUAUCUCGCCGCUGUCGGACCCCAGCGUGGACCUGCAGACGGUCAUUAGGACGUCUCCCAACUCCCUGGUGGCCUUCGUCAACGCCCGCUGUACCCCCAACGGUGCCAGCUCGUACGGCCAUCUGUCUGUGGGCGCCAUGAGUCCAUCACUGAGCUACUCCAGCAAUGUGAACUGCCACUCCAGGCAGCAUGGCGCCCUCUACGGGGGAACUGGGUUGACGCCUCUGGGGUCCCACACGUCGGCCACAUGCCAGGCGCCACGGCUACCCCCCCACAACCCACGUCUCCAUGUCGCACCCAAACACGGACAGCUGAAGACUGAGCCGGGGCUGGGGGCAGUGAUGGAUGCCAUGAAUGUCAAGAACUUGGAGGAGAGGUCUGAGGGAGAUGUAGCCAGUCCUUCUUCUACUGGUACUCAGGAUCCCCUCCUGGGUCUCCUGGAUGGUAGGGAUGACUUGGACAAGGAGGACGGCAAGCCUGAACCAGAGGCUGUCUAUGAAACCAACUGCCACUGGGAGAGCUGCAACAAGGAGUUUGACACGCAGGACCAACUUGUUCAUCACAUUAACAAUGAGCACAUCCACGGUGAAAAGAAGGAGUUUGUGUGCCACUGGCAGGAGUGUUCUCGCGAGCAGAGGCCCUUUAAAGCCCAGUACAUGCUGGUGGUCCACAUGCGCAGACACACAGGAGAGAAACCACACAAGUGCACUUUUGAAGGCUGCAAUAAAGCGUACUCUCGCCUGGAGAACCUGAAGACACACCUGCGCUCUCACACCGGAGAGAAACCAUACGUGUGUGAACAUGAGGGCUGCAACAAAGCCUUUUCCAACGCCUCGGACCGGGCAAAGCACCAGAACCGAACCCAUUCCAAUGAGAAACCAUACGUCUGCAAGAUCCCCGGGUGCACAAAGCGCUACACAGACCCGAGCUCGCUACGUAAGCAUGUGAAGACGGUGCACGGACCUGAAGCCCACAUUACCAAGAAGCACAGAGGCGACACGGGCCCCCGGCUGCCGGGCUCAGCCAUGACUCCCGGGGGUCCCAGUACUGAAUUACUGCUGGAGAAGGAGGAGAAACGCCGGGAGGACUGCAAACUUAUGGCACCUGACCAUGCUCUGAAACCCCAGCCAAGUCCUGGCGGUCAGUCAUCCUGCAGCAGCGAACGCUCCCCACUGGGCAGCACCAAUAACAACGACAGUGGGGUGGAGAUGAACCUGAACGCGGCGGGCAGCUUAGAAGAUCUCACAGCCCUCGAGGACGGAGUGACGGCUGGGGGAAGUGGAGGGGACGGGUUGGGAAGCGCAGGAGGAACAAUGGGGAUGUCUGCUCAGGCCCUGAAGAGGCUGGAGAACUUGAAGAUUGACAAGCUGAAGCAAAUCCGCAGGCCGAAUCCUCCCAACCGAUGUCUCCCGAACAAACUGUCUGGGCUACCUUGUGAUACGAUGGGAAUGUGUGCGCCUUCUCCACUCCUAUCAAAUCGUCGCGUUAUGGAGCUGUCCAACCACGACAUAGGAGGUGGGACUGCAAUCAGCGCCAAAGCAAAUGACAGAAGAGGAAGUGGGACCAGCAGCCUGAGCUCCGCCUACACGGUCAGCCGUCGUUCCUCAAUGGUGUCGCCUUACUUGUCCAGCCGGCGCUCCAGUGACGUCUCCCAGAUGGGCGGAGCAGCCAGUGGAGGGUGCCACCUAUUGGUUGAGAGUGGGGUUGGUCCCCUUUCUCCUGAGACCAGUCGUAUAGGAGCUCCAUGUCAAGGAGGUGGAGGAGGAGCCCUGCCAGGUCUAUCAAAUCUAACACCAGCCCAGCAGUACAGUCUAAAGGCCAAGUAUGCUGCAGCGACUGGUGGUCCACCACCCACACCCUUACCCGGCAUGGAGCAGCCUUGUACUCCUGGCAGAAGAGGGGGUAUCUUGGGUGACUACCAGGGCCAACCUCUGCCUCCUUUCCUUCAGCAAGGAGGUCCACGUCGACAUAGUGCCAACACGGAGUAUGGCACAGGUGUUAUCUACCCUCACCAAGCUCCGGGCAACAACAACCGGAGAGCCAGCGAUCCGGUGCGAUCAGCAGCAGAUGCACAAGCCCCCCCAAAGCGUUUCAACAGUCUCAAUAAUGUAUCCAUGAUGGGUCGAAGAAACGCACUCCAGCACCAAGAUCUCCGCACCGCCAGCGUCUCUCGGCACAUUUAUUCACCUCGACCACCAAGCAUUACAGAGAAUGUAAUGAUGGAGGCCAUAGGUUUUGAGUCUCAGCUACCCCCUUUAGAAGCCAGAAACCGGUCCACCAUAAACCCAACCGGUGAUGGGGGCUUCAUGGGAUACCAGCAGCAGCAGACUCUUGGAGGAGGCGUAAGACCUCUUUCAAACCAGCUUUCUAUAAGCCAUGACCCCCUGGGCUGCCCAGACCAAAAUUACAUGAAGGGGCACUACCAGAACCAUGUAGGGGAGGUUCCUACCAGGGCAGGUGGGAAUCCAAUGAGUCAAGCAAGACCUGUUCACCCAGAGAGGAUGUCCAGUACGCUUCUUCAGCAGGCUGAGUAUAGCAUGAGCAACUGCCAGCUAAGCCCUUCAGGCCCCCAUUACCCGCCCUUGGGACAGGGGGUUGAAACAGGCCAGUGGAGUGAUGGCCACAAUCAGGUCCAAAGUUCGAUCCAGCAGUACUCAGACACAAACAUGCAGCCUCAGCAAGUCCACUUGAACAAUCAGACGGGUCUUUAUAACAAUCCAGAAGGGACCCAUAAACUCACAAUCAAGCCUGAGCAACAGUUCCACCCUGGCAUGGGGAGCGGGGAUGCAUGUCAGAGUGCUAAACUUCAACAGCAGAGGCUCCUUCUCCAGCAAGGUUACUCGCAACAGACCAGCCGGGCUGUAAUGAGAAACCCCAACAAUAUGAGCUGUGACUUUCAAGGACAGAGUCAGAACACUUUUUCAAGUUUGGGUUGCGCUGGCACUGCUCUUGCUGAUGGGCAGCGAUCAGAAACUCCCAUGAUGCAGGUCAAAGAAAUGAUGGUAAGGAACUAUGUGGAGUCCCAGCAAGCGCUUCUGUGGGAGCAACAAGAACAGCAGCACAGUGAAAUAAAAGCCCCUCCCCUCUCUGAUACCUUGGACAUGGCCGGCCAGGCAUCUAUGAUGCAACACAGUCCACAGCAUCAAAACCAGAAUCUUUACUCCAAUCUGCCAUAUGCUUCAUACCCCAACCAGAGCCUGGUCAUGAGCCCACCAGCCCCCAGCCGAGGCCAUAGCUCCUCCACACCAAAAGAGCAACAGAUGAUGGGGCUCCAAGGCUCUUGCUAUGGUCAGGAAGUGGUGGUCCCAAGGCCCCCUCAACGUCGAAAACCCCUCAGUCGCCAGAAUAGCAUGUCACAAGUAGGAAUGGGCUAUAUGGUUAGUCCACAGCAGCUUAGUCCUGUCCACACCACUUCCAGCCCCAGAAAAGUUGUCCGGCUGCCUCCAGUCCAGCAACCACAACAUGAAAUAUUGUCCCCUUCCAAUAACAACAUUUAUUACUCCGGCCACAUCCACAUGAAUACCCAGAAUGGACCUUGUCUUCCCCAGCAACACAACAUGGGCUCCCCCUUAGACCUACCGACUGGCACAAAGUCCGCUCCCUUGGCUCCCUAUUCAGAGUCCGGCCCCAUCGCUAACGCUUUAGAAAACCUGGACCUGGACAAUGCUCGUAUAGAUUUUACCUCCAUUGUUGAUGACGCCGAGUCCCCCUCGUUCAGCUCGCUCAACCCCCCUGAUCACGGUCAGCCGGGAUCUUCCUCCCAGGCGUCAUCGCGCCUCACCACUCCGCAGACCUCCAUCAACCUGUCCAACAUGGCAGUGGGCGACAUGACGUCCAUGCUGACCUCACUGGCUGGGGAGAAUAAGUAUCUGAACACUUUGUCGUAGGCCAACAAUCAAAAAUUAAAAAAAAACCUAGUCCUUUGUACAUUGCAUGCCAGUCCGGUUCAAUUCACGUUCAUGGAUUAUUAGUUGAAACAUCAAGCUAAGGCAUCAGGGUUAGAUACAUUCCUGGUGAGGUAUUCUAACCGGGAGGAGGUGUGGCAGACCACGGACACGCUGGAGGAAUUUUGUUCUUCUGUCCCCAAGUGAAGCUGAAGGAAGGAAGGAAAGUCUAAGCACCCUUACUGAGACUGCUGCCUCCAAAACAAGGACCUGGACAAUGGACGAAUUAUUAGUCGGGGAGCCUUUAUAACUUAGCCUUAGGAACUCAUACUUCUUGUUAGGGUAAGUGACAGAAGAGUCCAGCACGACAUGGACAAAGAUGCCUUUAAACGUGUUUUCAAACCAAAGGUGCCUAAUGGUUCGUAAACAAUAUGCUGAACAUUUACCCCACCACACAAAAGAGGGGCAUUCCAGUGGAAAAAAGAAGGAUACGUGUAAAUAAUUAUAUACUUAUAUACACACACAAACAUACACACACACACACACACACACACAUAUAUAUAUAUACACGUUUGGUCAGGUAAAAACACAGAGGCUAUUUCAUCCCUACAAACCUGUUUCGCAGGUUUCCCUGCUCGUCAGGGGAUUUUAUAUAGAAAAAAACACAGAGGCUAUAUCAUCCCUCCAAGCCUGUUUUGCAGGUUUCCCUGCUCGUCAGGGGGUUUUGCAUAGAAAAAAAGACAGACAGAGACUAUAUCAUCCCUACAAGCCUGUUUUGCAGGUUUCCCUGCUCGUCAGAGGGUUUUAUAUAGAAAAAAAACACAGAGGCUAUAUCAUCCCUACGAGCCUGUUUUGCAGGUUUCCCUGCUCGUCAGGGGGUUUUAUAUAGAAAAGAAGACAGAGGCUACAUCAUCCCUACAAGGCUGUUUGAGCAGGUGAGACCCGUGUAACAGGCUUGUCGGGAUAAAAUAGCCUCUGUGUUUUUUCCUGACCUAACGUAUAUAUAUCCCGCUCUACCCCGGUAUUGAGCACUGUAUAACAGAUAAACCACAGAAACCUCGGAAGUAUAUAUAUAUAUAUAUAUAUAUAUAUAUAUAUAUAUAUAUAUAUAUAUAUAUAUAUAUAUAUAUACAUAGAUAUAUAUGUGUAUGUAUAUAUAUAUAUAUAUAUAUAUGUAUACGGUACAGGCCAACAAGAUUGUACUCACCUUCUCCUCAUUCAAAGUGUUUUCUUUAUUUUCAUGACUAUUUACAUUGUAGGUUUUCACAUCAAAGCUAUGAAUGAACACAUGUGGAGUUAUGUACUUAACAAAAAAAAAGGUGAAAUAAUUGAAAACACGUUUUAUAUUCUACUUUCUUCAGAAUAGCCACCCCCUUUACUCUGAUUACUCUGAAUUCUCUCCAUGAGCUUCAAGGAGGUAGUCACCUGAGAUAUGCAGGUGUGCACAGGUGUGCUUAAUGCCCAUGGAGAGAAUGCCGAGAGUGUGCAAAACAUUGAAAUGAGAAGGGGUGUCCAAACGUUUGGCCUGUACAGUACAGACACACACGAAACUGUAUAUAUGUUGUGUAUAUGAAAAAUACGACGGUAGACAAAUCUUUUGUCUUGUGAUGAUGCUUUACGAUAUUUGGCGGUGUUAAUAUGAUGAAGUGGUUAGAACGUACUGUAGGUACUACUACUAACUAAUAAUCUUCUGCAUUCUCCAAGGGUGGCCUAGUAGUAUUUCCACACAGUGUACACACACACAUAUACACACACACACACACAGGUACUUUAUACAAUGACUUGCAGCUGUUUGUAGUUUAGAAAUAUUUUGAAAGGCCAUAUUUCUAUGUGCAACUACGCCCUCUGCAGCAGGAUAACGUUAUUGCAAUACAAGUUUCACUGUUGGUACAGUGUUUCCUUUAUCAACAAUUCUGACAAACUAUCCAUCCAUCCAUUUUUUAAAUGAAAAUGGGAUGAGGUCUAAGAAAAAGGUUGCCAGCAACUGAUCCUGUACUGUCUUAUCAGCCCCAAAACAGAACACUGCUUGUAUUUCAAUGACAAAUUAAAAGGUACCUAUAUUAUGUUUGCACAAAUCACACAUUUAAACUCUUGAAAGGUCCUAAAUAUCCUCAGUCUCUUGUCCCCAAAGAGAGUAACUGUCGACUGCCAAGAACUACUGUAAAAAAAAAAAAAAAAAUAUGCAUUAAUAUCUCUUUCCAAUAUAAACUAUUUCAGCUUGACAUAGAAUAAUUUGUUUUAUUGAAAAAUCCCCCCAAACCAUGUCAGUAAACUUCAAGGACUAUUAUUGUUAGUAUUAUUAUUACAGUAUACACUCUGAAAUAGGUUGUGAUCAGUAUUGUUUUUUAAUGUUAUUUUUCAUAAAAUGUGGGGGGGAAAUGUAUUAAAAACAUGUCAGUUUCCCCCAAAACUGCUGUUAAAAUGAUUUAUUCAUACAUUUAUGUUCAGCCUCAAAUAUAACAUGUGCAUAUCAAAUACUAGAUAUAUUUUAGAUUGUUCAUAAAGGCUGCUGUGACUGUUUCUCACUGGGAAAAGCACUAAUUACUUACUUGUUAAUUAUUAUUAGUGUUAUCAGGCCUCAACAACAACAAAAAUCGAUUUACAUUGGAGUUGCAAUUCAUCCUGAUUUUAAAUCGAUUCAUAGUUUUCAAAAGUGUAUUUUUAUUUCAUUUCUUUAAAAUAUGUUUUCAGAUAACCCCUUUGCAACCAAAAAGAGCUUUUUUUUUAAGUUUCGGUAACCUUUUAGUAUGGGGGACAUAUUGUUAGUAACAAAGACUUAAUUUAGAGUUAUUUGGUUAGGGUUAGGGUUAGAGGGUUAGGGUUAGAGGUUUAGGGAUAGGGUCAGGGUUAGGGUUAGGGACAUGCAGAAUAAGGCAUUAAUAAGUACUUAAUAAUGACUAAUUAACAGCCAAUAUGUUACUAAUUUGCAUGUUAAUAAUCAACUAAUUAAUGGUGAAUAUGUUCUCCAUACUAAAGUGUCACCAAAUGUUCAUUUGAAUUAUUAUACCAAAGAUUACAUUGCGAAAACCGCUUUGAAUCAAGAAUCAUGUUGAUUUCAGAAUCGAUUCUGAAACGAAUCAUCACCCCCAGGAAUCAGAACCAGAUCCACAACCAGAGCCACAACCCCAAAAUUAUUAUUACCAUAAGGCCUUUUAACGGAGCAGGAGUAUUUGCUACUGGUUUUUAAAAAGGCCCUAAUGCCAAUAAACAUCAACUUUUUCAGAAACAAAUAAUUUAAACAAAUUAUUUAAAGAUUUAAACGAGUGAGUCUAUUGAAGCGACAAAAAUCCAGUCUAAAAUAGUAAAUUAAAAAAAAAAGUCCAACAGAAUUUCAUACACAAAAGAUUGCAAUCAAACGAGCAGACAUUAAAACAACAUUGAGACAUUGUUGAAUUAGGUUCUCAAACUUAACGUUAAAACAAAAUCGACGAUGAUUAAUCAAUAUUGGGUUCUGACGUUGAUUUGACCAUUGAAUUUUUGGCUAUUUCCCAACCAAUAUUCUACAACAUGAAUACAACAUUGGAACAACAUGCUUUUUGACAACGUUUAUUCAAUGUCAGUAAAUGAUGUUGAUUUGACCUUUGAAAUGUGAUCAUUUUAUCAACCAACAAUGUGGAUCCCAAAUUGGACAUCAUAGAUUUACUAAUACAACUAUUUUGCAUGGUCAAGUCAGUUUUAAAGGUCGCGAUCAAAAGUUUACAUACACUUGUAAAGUACAUCAUGUCAUGGCUAUCUUGAGUUUCCAAUACUUUCUACAACUCUUAUUUUUUGGUGAUAGAGUGAUUGGAGCACAUACUUGUUGGUCACAAAAAACAUUCAUGAAGUUUGCUUCUUUUAUGAAUUUACUAUGGGUCUACUGAAAAUGUGAGCAAAUAUGCUGGGUCAGCAAUGUUAAUAUUUGCUUACAUGUCCCUUGGCAAGUUUCACUGCAAUAAGGUGCUUUCGGUAGCCAUCCACAAGCUUCUGCUUGAAUUUUUGACCACUCUUCUUGACAAAAUUGGUGCAGUUAUAAUAAUAAUAAUAGAUUUUAUUUGUAAAAAGCACUUUACGUUGAGCAAACAACCUCAAAGUGCUGCAGUGUAAAAAAAAAAAUUGUAAUAAUAAAAAUAAAUAAAAUAUAAAACUAGAAACAGCCCAAUAUCAACAACCAGCAUGCAUGUCUAUAGAAAGGCUUUUUUUAAAAAUAUGGGAUUUUAAGCCUUUUUUAAAACCAUUCACAGUCUGAGGUGCCCUCAGGUGGUCAGGGAGCAGUGGAGCAGAAAGCCCGGUCUCCCAUUGUUCAAAGCUUUGUCUGUGGAGGUUGGAGGAGGUUAGCCUGCAUGGAGCGGAGGUGUCGUGUGGAAGAUUUGGGGGUGAGCAGUUCCUUGAGGUAGAGGGGGGCAUUUCUAUGGAGGCACUGGUGAGUUAGUAGGGAGAUUUUGAAUUCAAUCCUGAAUGGAAUAGGAAGCCAGCGAAGGGAUUUGAGAGUUGGUGUGAUGUGGUCAUGUUUCCGCACUCUCAUCAGGAUCCUCACAGCUUCUGGAUGUUCUUGCUGGGGAUCCUGACAAGAAGUGUGUUGCAUUUAGUUCAGCUAAAUGUGUUGUUUUUUCUGACAUGGACUUGUUUCUUCAGCAUUGUCCAUGCCUUUAAGCCUGAUUUAGCCAUUCCUUUACCACUUUUGACGUGUGUUUGGGGUCAUUGUCCUGUUGGAACACCCAACCGCGCCCAAGACCCAACCUCCAGGCUGAUGAUUUUAGCUUGUCCUGAAGAAUUUGGAGGUACCGUAUUUUCCAGAGUAUAAGUCGCUCCGGAGUAUAAGUCGCACCUGCCGAAAAUGCAUAAUAAAGAAGGAAAAAAACCAUAUAUAAGUCGCACUGGAGUAUAAGUCGCAUUUGUUGGGGAAAUGUAUUUGAUAAAACCCAACACCAAGAAUAGUCAUUUGAAAGGCAAUUUAAAAUAAAUAAAUAGUGAACAAGAGGCUGAAUAAGUGUACGUUAUAUGACGCAUAAAUAACCAACUGAGAAGGUGCCUGGUAUGUCAACGUAAUAUAUUAUGGUAAGAGUCAUUCAAAUAACUAUAACAUAUAGAACAUGCUAUACGUUUACCAAACAAUCUGUCACUCCUAGUCACUAAAUCCCAUGAAAUCUUAUACGUCUAGUCUCUUACGUGAAUGAACUAAAUAAUAUUAUUUGAUAUUUUACGGUAAUGUGUUAAUAAUCUCACACGUAAGUUGCUCGUGAGUAUAAGUCACACCCCUGGCCAAACUAUGAAAAAAAAUGCGACUUAUAGUCCGAAAAAUACGACAUUGUCCCGUUUACUCUCUGUAAAGCACCGGUUCCAUUGGCAGCAAAAGACGCCCAGAGCAUAAUACAACCACCACCAUGCUUGACUGUAGGAUUGGUGUUCCUGGGAUUAAAGACUUCACAUUUUCUCCUCCAAACAUAUUACUGGGUAUUGUGGCCAAACAGUUAAAUUUUUGUUUCAUCUAACCACAGACCUUUCUUCCAGGAGGUCUUAUCUUUGUCCAUGUGAUGUCCUGUCCUGACGUGAAUGUGACAGAUCGUCACACUUUUGUUGUAAUAGAGCGACAAAAGAAUUGUGAAAUGAACAGGUGGCGUAGAAUUCUGUAAUGGCGGUCCUGUGUUUGAAAGAUACGUUUUAGGAACCACCUCAACUGUCUUCAACCAAUCAGCGUUCGACAGCCUAGCCUACACCAAACUUAUUGCUGGGUAUUGUGGCCAAACAGCUCAAUUGUUGUUUCAUCUGACACCACAUGGACAUAGAUAAGACCUUCUGGAGGAAAGUUAUUUGGUCAGUUGCAGUAUGUAUACUUUUGACCCAGCAGAUUUGCUCACAUUUUUAGUAGACCCAUAAUGAAUUCAUAAAAGAAGCAAACUUCAUGAAUGUUUUUUUUGUGACUAACAAGUAUGUGCUCCAAUCACUCUAUCACAAAAAAAUAAGAAAUGAUUGAAAACUCAAGACAGCCAUGAUAUUAUGUGUAUGUAAGCUUUUGACCAUGUUGCAUCAAUGUCUUGUGCCUGCUGAGAAUGUUGGAUCAAAAAUAUAAUUUUUGGUAGUUUUCAAUGGGACCUUUUUCUUUGUGUGUGGCUUUGUCAUUUUUAGACCAAUUUAAAAAACAUAGACGAUUUUAACGUGUUUAAAAAAACCCAUCUGUAUUCAUUCAACAAAGUCAAAAAGGCUUAAAAAUCAUUUAAGGAAGCACCAAACGUGGCUAAGGAGCUCUCAAGGGUGAACACUAGAACCUCAGGAAACAUUUAUAUCCAACACUACAAUACAAUAUGUACAUAACAUAAGAAUAUAUACAGUGCAUGACAAUACAUGGUGCAUUCAGGUACGUCUUUGCAAACGCCUCACUUACACUCUGCAAUGAGCAUAGAGCACUGUGUGGAAAGAAGGCACCCUUUCAAAGGAUUCACAUGGCAAUAACCUUCCAUCGAUACGUUUUUAAAAGGCAUGAAACGUGGCAGCUGGACCUCCUGUUAAAUGAAACGAGCAAACUACCAAAGACACCUUAAUGCACCGCUCUACUGUAGGCCGCACUAACCUUGAUCAUGUUGAUGCUGGUUUGUAGAAUGUGUCAAAUAAUUGGUUCCUUCAUGAAUCUGUCAGUGUGUGCACGUGUGUUGUGUUUUGUUUUGUCAUUCAGAGCCCUUUUUUUUUUGCUGGCAAAAGACCAUCAUCACCUUUAGAAGGAGUACCAGUAACUAUUAAUAGACAAAAGCCAAGUGUUAUAUUUUGUGUACAAUUUUUUUUUCUACAUUUUUAUACAAAUAUUUUACCAGUACAAAUAAAGAUGUCCUGUUUGCAAUGAA